CAUGAAGCAACCAACAUCGCGCGCGUCUUGGAUCCCGACUGGGACUACGAGCAAGAGAAACUUCUACUUUUCUUGCCAUUCUACCAUGCGUACGGCUUUGGUCUGAUCAACUUCACGCUACUUGUUGGCAGUACCGGUAUAAUAUUCAAAUCUUUUGAUCCACACAACUUCUGUCGAGCGAUUCAAGACCACAAGGUUGAGUUCAAAGGGAAAGUGCAACUUGACAGCUGUCCCUCUGCACUUUUCAAUGCUCGGAAAACUCGUGUCAACACUAACACAUUCGCAUCUUGCCCUUGGUGCCCCCGAUCAUGGUGUUCCUUGCCAAAGCACCCAGUCUGUGACCAGUACGAUCUCUCCUCUAUCAGCUUGAUCAUUUGUGGAGCAGCACCGGCUGGCAAGGACAUCUGCGAGGAACUAUCUAGGAAAUACCCCAAGAUGAAAUACAUCCAGCAAGGCUAUGGCAUGACAGAAUGCACAAUGGCGUCACAUCUGCCCGAUCUCAAAAAUAGCGUGCCAUUCGGAAGCGUCGGAAAAGUAGCUUCAAACCUUCGCAUGAAGAUUGUCGAUCCUUCUACUGGCAAGGAAAUGCCGACCGGUAUGAGUGGUGAGAUCUGCAUUAAAGGUCCGACGGUCAUGCUGGGAUAUCUGGGCAGACCCGAUGCAACGAAAAGCACGAUAAUCAACGGAUGGCUGCAU